CCAAUUAAUUAAAAUAUAGAGACUUGGGUUUGUAAAAAUAUGAAAAGUAGUACAGCUUUGAUUAAGUUAAUUUUUAGUUAGGGAGUAUCUGGUAUUUUGGUAUAUAAGAGAGAGAGAUGACCAUAACAGAGUCAUGUGUGAUUGAUCAUUGACUUGAGAGCUCAUCUUCGAUCAGUACGUACUGGCCGAUUCACUUUUUCAUAAUAAGGAGGGAGGAGGAAAAGCUAGAAGCAGCUGCACAUGGUGUCAAGAGAGCACAAAAAAACUGAACUGCAUGAGAAGCUGCAACUUCUUAGAUCAAUCACAAAGUCUCAUGCAAAGAGUGAUUCAUCAAUCAUACUAGAUGCAUCCAAGUAUAUUGAAGAGCUCAAACACAAAGUACAAAGACUGAAUCAAGACAUAGAGAAUGGACAAAGUUCAACCCACCAGAACUCAUUGCCAGAGGUAACCGUUGAGGCUAUAGAAAAAGGUAUACAAGUGAAUUUGUAUCUAGAAACGAGCUCCCCGGAACUACUGGUUUACGUAUUAAAAGUUUUUGAAGAGCUGAGUCUCAGUGUGUUGGAUGCUAAGAUUUCCUGUACAGGCGGCUUCCACCUAGAAGCAGUGGCAGCUGAGAAUGAAGAAAACGGAGAAAGCAUAGAUGCACAGAUGGUGAAACAAUCAAUCUUACACGCGAUAAAAAAUUGGAGUGAAAACGAUGAUGAUCGUCAAGACUGAUGAUCAACUAGUCAAUCU